UGCCUCACCUACCACUCCACCUAUACCUUCUAUUUGCAUUUUUUGCUACCCUCUCUCUCUCUCUCUCUGUCUCUCUCUAUCUGUGUGUGAAAGAUGUCAACCAGGAUGGCCAUAGUGAGCCAGAGACCUGGCAGUAACAAGAGUCCUGGUUCACUCCAGCGAACUAAUAGAUGCAUAGCUUCCGGGCCAGCAAAGAAAUGUGGAUUGAGGCUGCCGAAAAGACCAGAAUUAAGAAUUCUCAAGGGUCUUGGUGGUAAGUUGGCUGUAGCUCUGCGCCUGCGGAGGAGACCUUCCGCUAAGGUUUCUUCAUCAGCCAAUGCAAAGCCUUUUGUAGCUCCUGUUGAUUCUCAUAGAGCAGAAGCUAUUGAGGAUUGCAUCGAGUUCAUCAAUUCAACUUCUUCCUUAUGCAGGUCAAAUUCUGUGAAUGCUAAUUGUGGCUAAGUUUUACAGAAUAGUCUUGUGCAUGCAUUUGUCUAAAAAAUAUGUACAUAGGGAAUAUAUUUGUGUUGCUCUUAGUACUGCCCUCUUGCUUGCAUUCUUGGCAACAAGAAGUCAAUACUCUCAAAUAUUAUGGAGUAGCUACAUGAAUUCUUUGCUCAAA